AUGUCUUCGCGUUACAGACUAACUGUUGCAUCCAUCUGGAAGCUUGAAACCGAUGGCAUUGACGAGGUGACGAAAUUCUUCAAGAGUAUACCCCAUGGUUCAGACGGCUUCUGCAAGUACGAAUCAGUAGACGACGUAUUUUCCAUCGAUAACUGCAGCCCUUCUCUUUCAGCAUCAGCAGUGGCCGAAUUCCUCGUCGAGUUUGUUGACAGAGAAAAAGAACAUGAUCUGCUCGAAAAACCCAAAAUUACCCGUCUUUCUGUACCAUCUAGCCCCGAGGUAGAAGGUGGUGAUGCAGACUCCGUCGAUGAUCAACUCAUUGAACAGGUUCCGAACCCUGAGGCUGUAAAACUUCCGGUGGUGGUCAAGUACUGGCAAGGGGACGAUGAUGCUAUUGAAUGUUUUGUCAAGGCUCCUCGGUCACUACUUACUGCUGUGACCCAAGCAACUGGGGCACAGGUAGACAUUGAGGCAAGUAACAAGAGGAUUAGGGUUACCAGCAUGGAGCUAUGGCAGGCCGACAAUGCAAUGGAAAGACUCUCGAACCUCCAGAUGUGUUUGUCUCUUAUGGUAUCACCUCAAGUUGCGAACAUCCUCCAUAUAGGCGGUGCGACGGACUUCAGGCUCAGAAUUAUACCAUACAAAUCCUUAAAUGACAUUGCCAUGAGGCGUAUCUUGGUCGAUGGCCCUGAGUCGAAAUUGAUAAACCAUCUCCACGACAUGUUCGUUACGGUUAUGGAGAUUGUUGACCAGGAGUCUCGGGAGCUAAAGGUCUCUAAGAACAUUGCCGCACCACCUCGAUUGGCGGAGCAACGAAAAGGGCGAGCUCGUGCCUGGGACAAUUUCGAAUUUCAGCAGAUUGGGGAUGCCUCGCUACUUCCUAACCUCCCGCCAGUUUCCAAGGAAGAUACAGCACUGAAGUCGGCCACGCCAAUAAAGGAUGACUCUGCACAAGAGGAAGUAAUCGAUAAUCACCCUUGGCUUAGCCAGGAGAAAGCUUUCUUCGUUAACAGGUGGGUCAAGGAAGGCGUACAAGCUGGUGCAGUAGGGACAAAUGGCUCUGAACCAAACAGCACUUUCCCCCCUGAACCUUCUGCUGAAGUUACAGGUGUCCCCAAGCUGCCUGCUGUACUAAAGAGACGGCAACCUCUACCUCCCGGAAACAUUCAAGGGGCGCCAAAAGUUCAGCAGCCUGCUAUUGAAAACAUUGCUUGUCAGAGAACCCCUAAACCUAUUGAACAGCCAGCGACUCCCCCCUCCCCUCCUGUGAGCGUUAUGCCGUCUUCAUUCAAUGCAGCCGCCUAUGGUCAUCCAAAAAAAUCUCCUCCGCGCCGACCAGCAAACAGAGCACCAAUUCCGUAUCAGCGACCACGGGGAUAUGGGCGAAAGUUGCCAACCCUCAUAGAUACCUCCAUAACUGGGACUGAAUCUGUUGCUUCCCCCAUGCAACAGAUUUCAUUUACUCAAACAUUGGUUCCAUCACAACUUACUCUCCAACCUAGAUCAACAUUGUCUACGGUACAUUGUUCAGUCUCUACGACUCCUACGGCUAACGAAGCCUCUUUUACCCAAGAGCGACUUAAUGACGAAAAUAGAGAUCCUACGAGUAAUUUUGAAACAAAUGAAGAAAGACUCCGAAAAUUAAAACUCUCGACCAAAGAAUCAUCUACUAUUUUUGAACACCGUGGACUCAAAAUCGUCGAUGGGGAAGAAGCUACGAGAGUCUUUCACCGCACUAUGGGGCAAGGAACAUCAGCCGCAUCAUCAGCCGCUAAUUGCGAGACAAAAGCCGAACAAAGGGCGAGGAAGCAAGCCGCACUUUUGGAUGCUUGGGGUCCAACCCCUGCAGCACCUCCAUGCAAACCGGUCCAAGCUCCCGAGCCUAGUCAAUGGAAAAAGGCACAGCUUGCCAAGGAGGAUGCUAUAGAUGCAAAAAGCAUCAAAGAUCUCUUUGGCUGUCUUAAGCCUGUCCUAGAUGCUGUCCAAUACUUUACUGGCACUGUAACCGUGGAAAUUCAAUUGGGCCUGAUUCUCACCAACUCAGUUCCAAAACUUCAUACACAACGGACGCUCGACCUCAAAGUCUGGAACCCUCUCUUUCGGCCACGGCAUGGUUUACCCGGCCUAACUACGGUGUUCAACAAUUUUUUGACGACUUCUGGGGCAGAUGUCGAUUAUUUCUUCCAGCUUAGUGACGAGAAUAGCCCUGAUACCUUUUAUUUUGAGCCAGAGCCUGAAAGUCGCAGGGUCUUCUACGAGUUUUAUUGUCAAACAAAGGAUAAUGAUAAUAUCGUUAUUGUUGUUAAUGAGGAUGGGGCUGUUGGUGUCAACAGGCCAGAUGUUGUCCUAGGGGCCACUAAUAUUCAUUUUCCUCUGAAUAUUUGGGAUCUCCGAGCUACAAUCAAGGGGUCUCAAGAAUACUCGGCUGCACCUGAGAGUGAAAUUUUGAAGACCGUGAAGUGCAUGGUUGACAACCUAUAUAUUCCCCCAAAUCGAUCUAGAGUCAUCAUAUUCACCCGUGUCCCGGAGGACAGUGCACUUCGGGUCACCAAGAUCUUGAUGAGACGAACUACUCGUCACAAGUACGUCGGCAAGUAUAUACUUGAUAGAUCUGAAUCCAACUGCGAACAGCCUGUGUUCCUCCAAGUUACCGAAAUGCAGAGAUUGAUUUCUGGUAACACACCAGCAGAUAAAAACGUCAUCCGUGUACGUUCCAUUAGCUCUGAAGAAAUGGUUGACGAAUCUCGCCUUUGGUUUGAGGCGUCUAUCGUCAGCCCCGCUAUUGAUGAAGUUCUUAAGGCAAAUAAGAACCUCACUGUCGGGGAACGUGUAGAUUCAUGGUGCCCUGAUGACUUACUGGGCAUUGAAUCCCAUUUAGGCGGAAACAUCACUGAAACGGGCCGAUCAGAUGAAUUUUUGACAGCCGCCGAGCGAGCAGUUGGGUCAGCUGGAAUUGGUAGCCUCUUCCGUGUUGCAAGAAAGGUAGUAGAAAAGAUUGAUGCUAUCGGUUGGGCUAACCAUACGCCAGCCACUUUUAUCCAGGACAAAUACCCAUCUCCUUUGACUUCUGCUGGAACCGGCCCCAUUGCUGCACCUCAGACAGAGGGUGGUAAAGACAAAGUUGUUGAGGCAAAGAGUGUCGCUCCGACGCAAGGUGCUAAAUGUCCGUACUGGUGA